AAACUACAUGGGUUUGUUUACUCGGACAUGUGAUAACUCGGGUCACCGGGCAAUGUAGAGCUGUCACUCACAUUUAAAUGUAUAGAAGACGUCCUCCAAGAUACAUCCAUUGGACCUGUAGCCGUCAGAAAGAAUGGUUGAUGCCAAGUUUGAACUUCAGGACAUGGAGAAAUCUUUGAUGAAACAAUCAGCGGUGAGAGAGCUGAACCUCUAUGAGCGGAUCUUUCAGCCCUGUGUAGCCGAGCUGGUGGGCACAACCUUCUUUGUGUUCAUAGGAUGCUUGUCUGUCAUUGAAGACGUGGAGGCUGUGGGCAGACUUCAGCCUGCGUUGGUUCAUGGCCUUGGCCUGACGGUAUUGAUUGCAUGCAUGGCAGAGAUCAGUGGGUCGCAUUUCAAUCCAGCAUUCACUAUCGCUGUGUUCCUCUGUGGCGGGAUAAAGGUGAAGAUGGUCGUACCGUAUCUGGUCUCUCAGAUCACAGGGGGUUUGCUGGGCGCAGCCAUGGCCAAAGGCAUGACCUCAACAGAAAACUAUGCCAGAGCUCAAGGUGCUGCAUUCACAGUCCUCCAAUCAGAAAAUCAGAUUAUGAAGGCAUUAUUCGGUGAAAUCGCUAUGACGUGUUUAAUUACCAUAGUGGUGUUACUGGGAGCAGUGAAUGGCAAGAGUAAAAGUCCGUUGGUGCCGUUUCUGGUGGGAUGUACACUCAUUGUUAAUGUGCUAGCAGGGGGUGAUGUGUCUGGUACUUGUCUGAAUCCUGCAAGAGCUUUGGGACCAGCAGUGAUGACAAACUACUGGACUCUACACUGGGUUUACUGGGUUGGACCCAUUACUGGUGCACUUAUUGCUGCUGCAUUAGUCAGACUUUUGCUUGGAGACAAUAAUAUGCGUGUCCUGAUGAAGUGACAUGUAUUUAAACACACCGUCCCCCAUUUUUCA